AUGUCAGAGACCUCUACACCCCAAGAAUCAUCAUCAUCAGCCCAACUCAAUCGAUCCUGCGAAUCUUGCAGAAGUCUAAAAGUCCGCUGUCUCCCCAACCCAUCAACACCUAAUCAGUGCCAGCGAUGUGCAAAGGGUAAACGACCCUGUAUCUUCGUGGCCCCGCAGAGACGGCGGCCACGAAAGAGAACAGACUCGCGAGUCGCCCAACUGGAGAAAGAGAUGCGGGUGAUGCGUUCACUGCUGAAGAACCGCAUUCCAGAAGAAGAGGAAGAUUCCGAAGAAAGCGAAGACGACCACGACGAAGAUCGGAAAAGCACUGGACGGGACCACUCCGCCCAGUCCGAUGAUGUCCGCUAUACGGAUUACUCGCCCGAGCUGCUGAACACACACCCGAGCCUCUCAACGCCCUCGUUUGCAUUCCCCGCAGGCAUCGAGGAACAAGAACGAGUCCCGUUCGAAGACGUCAUCGACCAUGGGAUCAUCUCCAUCGAAGACGCAGAGCAACUGGUGGCAUACUACAUCCACGAACUAGCAUCUUUCUUCCCGCUGGUUGUUCUCCCGGCCAGCACGACCGCAGCAAGCCUGCGGCAGACGAAGCCCGUCCUCUUCCUGUCUGUCAUAGCCGCGACGGCGAUAUCCAUCGACGCAGGCCUGGCAGCCGUGCUGAACCGCGAGAUGGUGCGGCUGUAUUCGGAGCGGUUCUUCAUCGAAGGCGAAAAGUCACUAGAGUUAGUGCAAGCGUUGCUGCUCAUGAUCGUCUUUUAUUUCCCGCCCGCGUCGCCGCUGAAGUUGCAGUUCUACCAGUACACGCAUAUUGCGUCGACGAUGGCGCUGGAAAUCGGGCUCGCGAAUAAACGGCGCGUGAACAAGUCCGACCGCAGAGCGAAUGUCCACGACGAGUUCCUCGCGGAACAGGCUAGGGCCCUCCUUGGCUGUUACCAUCUCGGGUCGACGGUGGCGAUGAAAACUCGGCGCCCGAAUCUUCUCCAGUUCAACGACUGGAUGGACGAGUGUCUCAGGCAGCUGGAGCGCUCACCCCAUCGCACGGAUCAGCAUCUGGCGAUUUGGUUCGAGCUCCAGCGGAUAACGGAUGAAGCGAUGUCUUCGUUCGGUCUGGAUGAUACGAGCACCACAUCGCCUCUGACCGAGUCUCGGGUGCAGGCUGUUCUGCGAUGGUUCGACAAGCGGAUGGAGACAUGGAAGAAAAACACGCCGACCGAAAUGCUAAAUGUCCCCUUGAUCCUCGAAUACCGCUCCGCCGCACUGGCCAUGUACGAACUAGGCGUAGGAGAAGGCUACCGCGAGCCAGACGCCGUGAAAAAGCGGUUCUUCACGCUUCCCACGCUCGACAACGGCCCGGAACACCGCGCUCCCCUCAGCGCAAUCCGCAUAGACAUCAAUGUGAAAUGGAUGAACGCAGCACAGGAACUGCUAGACGCGGUGCUGGCCUGCAGCACGGAUACCAUGCGCAAGCUGCCGAAUUUGAUGUACACGCGCUUCGGGAUGGCCGUAACGUCUUUGUUGAAGAUCCAUUUCUCUGUGCGGACCGGUGCGCUUGGCGAGGUCGUCACGGCACAGACUGUCAAUGUGGGCUUUUAUCUUGACGCGGUGGCUAACAAGCUCGGCGAGGCCGGCGCAGGGGGCAAGUAUAAGAUUCCGUCGCGGUGGUACCAAGUGAUAGGCGUGCGGGGGCGAGAUUGGUAUGAGCGAUUAGAACGGCGGAGCGAAGGUGUCGGGAGUCCGGUGGAUGCAAUGGCUGCUCCAAGAAAUAGUCAAGGCACGAGCCAGAGCCAGAGCCAGCCGGCGAACCUGAACCAAAGUCAAAGCCAGAAUCUAAACCAGAACCAGGAUACGCUGGAUGCCACGCAGGCUAUGGACGCGUUCCCUGUGCCUGUCCCGAUGGGGAUAGAUGUGCGGGACGGGUAUGUGGCGAUGAGCGGGGCGGGAAUGUGGAUGGAUGGUCAUGGGCAUGGUCAGGGCCAGGGCCAGGGCCAUGCCAACCCGCCGUUCUUCAUGGGGUAUCAGCACCCUCAUCCUCCAUCUCAUGCGGCGACAUUGCCGCCACAGUUUGCGUACGAGCCGCAGAGAAUGCCUGUGCCGGGGACUGGGACUGGCAUGGAAUUGGACGGAUGGCUUCCUGACGGGAGUAUCUUUGGGAUGCCUCCUUUGCCUGAGUUUUAG